AUGCAUCUCUCGCGCAUCGUCAUCGGCCUCGCCGCCCUCCUGGCCCCCCUUGCCGCGGCUGUCAGAGCCCGCGACAUCAUCGACCGCAGCGAUCUUGUCGAGUAUAAAAUCUUUCGAGACCACCUGCCCCAGGACCAGCGCACCAAGAUGUCCUUUGUCCAAGCCGGCCGCGGCAGCAAUUUUAUCCGGGUUGACGUCUAUAGCUCGUCUGGCAACAGCCCACAGUGGCAAUACUUUAGACUAUUUAAAGCCCGCGAAAACGCCCAGCGGAUUCUCAACCCUGGUCAUCGCAGGUCUAUCGAGAUUCCUCAGCAAGAAUAG